CCAGUGACAAAUCAGCUUUUGUAAGACCGUCAACUUCUGCUUGUCAACUGUUCUUUCUUUCCCGCCAUCCUUGAAGGUAAUGAACUUUACUCUUGGAUUCAAGCCUCCGUCAGCGGGCAGUUCUGGGCCUGGUGCCGGUGGUGGAGCCACCAUGGAGAAUCUGGAGAAGCAGCUGAUCUGCCCUGUCUGCCUGGAGAUGUACUCCAAACCCGUGGUCAUCCUGCCCUGCCAACACAACCUCUGCCGCAAGUGUGCCAACGACAUCUUCCAGUCAGCAAACCCACUGUGGCAGACCCGUGGGUCCUCUGGCAUCACUGCUAGCGGUGGUCGGUUCCGUUGUCCGUCAUGUCGCCACGAGGUGGUGUUGGACCGGCAUGGAGUCUAUGGUCUGCAGAGGAACCUGCUGGUGGAGAACAUCAUAGACAUCUACAGACAACAGGAGUCCUCCAGACUCGUGAACAUAAAACCAGAGCAGCGACAACAACAGCUGAUGUGUGAGGAACACGAGGAGGAGAAGAUCAACAUCUACUGCCUCUCCUGCCAGACGCCGACCUGCUCCAUGUGCAAAGUGUUCGGACAACACAAAGACUGUGAUGUGGCGCCGCUCAACACCGUCUUCAUGAGGCAGAAGACAGAACUGACGGAUGGCAUCGCUAUCUUGGUUGCCAGUAACGACCACAUCCAGGCAGUCAUCUCUCAGAUGGAAGAAAUCUCUCACACGAUUGAGGAGAACGGUCGACGGCAGAGGGAGCACUUGGCCAAUCAGUUUGAUGUCCUGGUUGGCAUCUUAGAGGAGAGGAAGCAGACGCUGGUGGGGUUGAUCACCAAACAACAGGACGAGAAACUCAAACACGUCCGAUCCCUCAUUCGUCAGCACAGCGAUCACCUGGAGGCUGCAGUCACGUUGGUGGAGUUGGCCAUACAAUCCAUGGAGGAGCCACACAUGUCUGCAUUUAUACAGAGUGCCAAAGACAUCCUGGAAAAGAUGGCAGUGACAUCCAGAACCUCUAACUUGGAGCGUCCAGAGCUUGGAUAUGAAAGUAUGAACAACUUUGUCAUUGAUACUGACAACCUCACAGACAUGCUGAGAAACAUCGACUUCAGCACAGGUGUCGCUGACGAUGGAGAAGAUGAUCCUGAUGAAGCUGAAGAGUCAGAACCGGACUACCUCAGGUAUUAAAUCUAGGUCCCCGCUGUCCUGAGAAAAUGCAACAAAAAUCAGGCGGAAGAAGAGGUUUACCAUAAUCCUCUGGAAGAAAUCCACACUGUGUUGAAGUGAAGAGUCACCCACAGCAAGGACAAUGAAAGGAAAAAUCUCUAAAUCAUAUAAAUCAUACAUGUCCAUACAUUAGCCCAGAUGUACAAGACUGACUUGGCCAGAUUUUUGCCUCCCACAUUGUAGUCUUUUGUUGCCAAAAAAAAUCCAGUGUAUUGUGUGUAAUUAUAACUUCCUAUGUAUAGCUCAGAGAAAACGUCCGCAGUGGAUUGAGUGUUUUAUUCUAUUGAGGGAAGAAAAGUCAAAAGACAUGUUCAUAUAAUGUUCAAGAUUUAACAGCCUUAUAUAGCGUUCUGUCACAAUGCUCCGUAAAGCCCAUAAACCGAUGAUAGCGUUUACAUUUUUGUCAGGUUUUCUGAGAAAACAGGGUAGGAUUUAUAUCAAUAAGACAGAAAUAGAUGGAACUGGGAUAAAAUGCUUCUGCAACCACAGAUACAUCAGAUACAUGUUAAAGUCUUUUAAUGGACUGAUGUGUUUUUUAACCAUCAGUAACAGAAAUUAAAAUCAUUUACACAUAAAAAAACAUCUACAAAAACUGUCAUUUAUCAAACUACAUUCGUUUUAUUGAUGAAUCAAUUUUGCAGAAGUUGAUGGUGUUUCCACAUUCACUACAGAGUCUCUGAAAACCUAAAAUUGACACAUCUGAUGCUGCGGAAAAGCUGAUAAACUGCAUUUUGCUUGAAUUAUUUAAAUGUGCUGAGAGGAUUAGUGGUUCAAAGUUACCAAACACGUAAACACUAGAACCGCCGUGAGGUCAUUUUGACCUUGAAGCACGUUAGACUUUAUAAUUACAAAUUUAAAAACUUCUACUGGAAGGUUUAGUCAUUUGUUUCAACAUAGCAUGUAAAAACAGAAGAAAUAACAUAACAGAGUUUUGUUAAUCUUGCCACAUAAGGAUUAUAAAAUAAGUAAAAAACUGUAAAACAGACAAAAAAUUAGUAUUGCUCAUAAACGUUGAACUUUACAAGAAUAACAGUUUCAUCCUCUCAUGAGAAAUGAACAUGCAUUCAGAAAUAUUUAUGGAGAAAGAGAGCCUAGGUCAAAAAUGUUUGGGAAUGUAUUCAGCUCCAAGUUCUGCCACAACCAACACAAACACUGAAGACCCUGACAGUAAACUGACCACACACAGGUCACCAGCAUUUAACUCACAAUUUGACUGAUUUUAUUGCAGUGCAUUUUCACCAAACCCAGCUGUCACUUCUCCUGAGGGGGAUCCACCUUUGUUUGAAGAGGCGGUGGCACAGUCUCACUUGCCUCUUUCAUUUGCACGUGGUCACUGUGUUAGUCCUUAAACCCCCUUUACACAGGGGUAGCAAUCAUUGAGAGAUUAUUGAGUGAUGAAAAAAUGGCCAGAUCUCUCAAGGAUCUUUCAAUGAGCGCCCAGUGAUCACCAAGAUCUCUCAGUGAUCUUCCAGUGAUCUCCACGGUCACCAUGGUCUCCUCAACAUUUUGACUUGGUCCAAAACAAUCUCUCAAUGAUCACCAAGGGAAGCAAUCUGUCAACGAAUGCUCAAGGCACACUCAAGGAGCCCUCAACGAUCUCCCCAAUCUCCCAAUGAUCUCUCAGCAGUCUUUCAAUGAACGCCAAAUUUUUCCUCUCCGAAGGUAGAGAUGGUUGAGAGAUCAAUGAAGGAAUGGGUACAACUAUCUCGAAGACCCCCCCUGCCUGUUCCGACUGACCAGACAGUUUAAAGUAGGCGCCCAAAGGAACAACAAGCGUAUAAGAAUCUCCCAAAUAUUUACACAGAAACAGCUUUUUCGAGGCUUAGGAGAUCGUUGAGAGAUCGGGCCAAUUUUAGAUCGCUCAAUGGUCACCCAACGAUCUCUGUGUAAUCACUGUGUAAAGGGGCCCUACAAAACAGAAGGAAGUUACACCUAGCAAUUUUUGCUUUUGUGCAGCUCUAAAGAAUGUAUGCAUUGAUGCCAGCCUGGUCCAUCAUGUUAUACUAGAAGACAGCGACUGGUGAUCUGCAGGGGGAGUAUUGUCUAAAUAUUUAAAAAUGAAGAAAUGUAUACCUGAAUCUAUCUUUAAAUUAUCAUUAUUAUUAAUAUAGUAAUAAUAAUAAUUAUUAGUAUAAAUUACUUAUCUAUAAAUGCAGUCUGUUAUCCAUUUUUGCAAUAGGAGUAAUGGAGGUAAAAAUGACCUCAUGGCAGUUCCAGGUAAAACCACUUUUUUUUUUUUUUUUUUUUACUGUCUUUUAUUAUAGAAUCCCUAAAAUGCAUAAGAUGAUGUAUAACACACUUUUAGAAAAAGUCAUUGACUGGGUGACCAAGGGUUUUUAUUCAGUUACUUGUAUUUUAACAGUUGAGAGACAUCAAAAUGACCUCAUGGGGGUUCUAUUGUUAAUUCAUCAGAUGCCUUUGGUCACUGACAUGGUUUCUUCCAGUUCAUGAUCCAACAAAAAUAGUUCCUUAAGCAUCGGUUACUCUGUUCUUUCAUCUGCACUAUGAGACAUGAAGUCCACAGAUUUCACCAAAACUACCCAUCUUGUCUCCUUUGGGAAAGUGCAUGCAUGCAUCUGCUGCUCUUUUCCUUAGCACAGAUGUAUAAGGCUGUAGCUGUAUUUACAGUAUUCAACUAACUUCUGAGACGCUUGUAUUCCAUCUCCAGAUUUCAACCAAUGGCUGAUUCAUGGUAUUAUUAUGUACAACUGUAAAUAUAUCUCCAUUGUCUCAGCUUGUUGUAGAUUGUCUCCUAUAUUAUACACCCAGAGAAUCUCCUAACCAUUCCUCAGUUUCAGUUUCCUGUGCACAUAUAUAUAUUUUUUUCAUCACCAGUCCUAUAUUUUGGAAUCCAAGUUAUUUUCAUUACUACAAAUCAAUGCAUCCAAAUACCAUGCUGAAGUUUUACAGGUUAGAAGUAAUGCAUUAAAACGUCAAAAUCACAAUAAUCAAAACAAGGAACCAGAGUGAGGUAACUAAUUUUUGAAGCAAAAUUACUGUUUUUAGGGAUAUCUGGCCAAGAGUUUCUUUGUUGUUUUUUUUUGGUAAAAUUUGCUGCUUCAGUGUUUGUUUGUUUUUUUUUUACAUGGUUUUGCAUGUGUUUCUGAGACACAGUGAAGAAUGAAUAAAAUUCUUAUUCAAUAUGAAAGCAUUUUAUAUUGCAUUUAAGCACAGAAUUUAUUAGUUUCACUGACAAACUCCAAACUGACAAACCAUUAUCACCAUUAUCAAAUGUAACCUUCCUUUGGUUUUUUCACCAGUAGCCUCACAUAAGCUCACACAAUUUGUUCAAACAUUAGAAUUAGCUAAAUGUAUUGAGCCGUGGUUCUUUGGUUGGAUUAAAGACUGGAUGUUUGGCCCAAACUAUAGUCUGGAGGAGGUUCCACACCUGAAAACAUGGUCUAAAUCAAAGUAGGAAAGUUUGAAAGUUCCGACCAAAUGAACAAAGUGUCAAAGUGACAAAUUGAUACUUGUGUUUUCUUCCUGCAUUUGUAAAAA